UUUGUAAACUUUGUGCUACUUUUCUGAUUAAUUUGAAUGACAAACACAGCGAGGUUAAAUUUUUUUGUAGAAAAUUCAUGUACAUGAGAUAUUAUAGGAGUAGUAUUUAAGUUAGAGCAUAGUUCGUCGGAUUGUGAAGAAUCAGGCUGUUGAGUAAAGCAAGAAUCCUGUGAUGUGUAAGUAGACGAAUGUAAACAGUUGUGUUUGUCGGUCACUGCAUAAUAUAUAUGCCAUUGAUUCUUGUGCUUGGAAGUUUUUGUUAAUCUCUGAGAUGGCUGAUGAAGAUUUUGCCAAGCAAUUGGAACUAGAGGAAUUAGAAAAGAGGCGAAAAGAACAAGCAGACGGCGGAGUUGCAGAUCCGUAUACUUACACUGAUCCAAAUGAUGGAACUGUGUACGAAUGGGACGCAGACAAACAAGCAUGGUUUCCAAAAGUUGAUGAUGAUUUCAUUGCUAAAUACCAAGCAAACUAUACCUAUCAAAAUCCCGAAGGAGAAACUCAAGAGGAGCCUUCUCCUCAGCAAGUGGCUGCUUCUAGAGGAGAGAAAAGAAAAGCAAAUGACCCUACUUGGUUUCAGGUAGAUGAUGAUCACAACACAAAUGUGUAUGUGUCUGGAUUACCUGAAAAUACUACUGAAGAGGAGUUUGUGGAACUCAUGGGAAAAUGUGGCCUCGUCAUGAAGGAUCCAGACACCAUGAAGUACAAAAUAAAAUUGUAUCGAGAUUCUAAUGGGGUUCUAAAAGGUGAUGCAAGGUGUUGCUACAUUAAAAUUGAAUCAGUUAAGUUGGCCUUGGACAUUUUGGAUGGAUAUCUAUUUAAAGGUAAUCACCAGAUUCACGUUGAACGUGCUCAGUUUGAACUGAAGGGAGAUUAUGAUCCUUCAAAGAAACCUAGAAAAAAAAAGCAAAAGGAUAAAGAAAAAAUGAAAAAGAAAAUCGAAAAACUUUUUGAUUGGAGGCCAGAUAAAUUGCGUGGAAUGAGAUCAAGACAUGAAAACACUGUAAUUAUUAAAAACAUGUUUGAUCCCAAAGAAUUUGAGGAGGAUGCAACUUUGCUUUUGGACUACCAAAAGGAUGUUAGGGAAGAAUGUUCGAAGUGUGGAGAAGUGAAGAAAGUUGUGAUAUAUGAUAGGAAUCCUGAAGGUGUGGUUGCAGUGACCUUUUCGGAGCCGGAAAUGGCAGACGAAUGCAUCAACCUGAUGAAUGGCAGAUGGUUUGCUGCCCGUCAGCUGUCGGCUCGGACAUGGGAUGGCAAGACUAAGUAUAAAGUUGUUGAGUCUGAAGUAGAAAAACAAAAAAGACUGAGCACUUGGGAGAAAUACUUGGAACAAAAAGAUUCUUCUGCCAGCAAACCUGUGGAGCCACCAAGCAAUCAAGAAAAGACUGUUUUGAGCCAUACAAUGGAUGUGCCAAGCAAAACUUAUGAGUUAGCCGGGGAAACGGACAGUUCGGGUGAUUCUGAUGGCGAAAGUGAAAAGACUUCUGUUGCACCUAAAAGUUAUCCUGUAAUGCAAUCAAAUGGAAAAUUUAUGUCUUUCGAUGCUCCUACGAGUGGUGGUUGUUGAAUAUAUUUCUCUUCUCACUUGGAUUUGUUUCAUAUCAUUCAUGUAAUGACUAAAAGUAAUGACCAUAAUUAAAUC